CCAGGGCUGAGGCCCUUCGUUCUCUCCGACGUCCAGCUCACUGGAACCAGAAUCGGCAGCGGAGCCUACGGCAAAGUGGAGGAGGUGGUCGUUCCUGUGGGCGCCGCCGCCAAAACAAUCUACCCCAUCUUGCAAGAAGGGGAUGCAACGACCGCCGGACUGCCUAAGGCGACCCAGUUCGUGAGGAAAUGCCAGCUUAUGAGCACCCUCCGCCACCCGAACAUCGUCCAGUUUCUGGGCGUCGCUUUCUUUCCCGGCUCGCGACUGCCAGCCCUCGUCAUGGAGCGACUGCUGACAAGUCUUCACGAUUUGCUGGCUCCGGACCCGCCCCCUCCGUCCGGCGCCGUCACACCGCUAUCUUUAUUCUCCAUGGCUCUCAAGUGCUCCGUACUACACAACGUAGCCUGUGGCCUAGCCUACCUCCACGAGCGAUCAUCGCCCGUCAUCCACCGCGACUUGUCGGCCAGAAACGUUCUCCUGGACUCGGAGAUAGUGGCCAAGAUAGCGGACCUGGGCGUGGCUCGUAUCGUUCCUCAUGUCAGAGCUGCAGCUACCAUGACAAAGGGGCCUGGGGCCUCAGUCUACAUGCCUCCAGAGGCUUUUGCACCAUCUCGAUCUAAUAUAGAAAAGUCAAAAUACGAUGCCAGCAUCGAUGUAUUCUCGCUUGGAGUUGUCACCAUUUUCGCAAUCGGUGAAGUCUUCCCCUGUGAUCCUCUAGAGCACAACUACUUUGACGAAAAGAGUGGAGUGCUGUUAGGUCGCACUGAACUACAGCGACGCAGCCAUUACAUGCGAAACGUAAACGAGCAACUCCGUGCCUGUGGCCAGCUCCGUGGGGACCACCCUCUCAUUCGGCUGAUCCAGCAAUGCCUGCACAAUCUCCCAUCCAAGAGGCCAGGUAUUGGUGAGGUGCUUCGUCUGUUGGACGAGGCCAGAGCUGGUGUUAGAGAUGAAGGGAGUGAGAGGAACAAACGUGAACUGGUACGAGCUCUUCAGACCCAGCCCAGGAACCAGAAUUUGGAGCAUGUUUUCCGAGACCUGGUGACAGAGAAUGCUCAUCUCCAGUCCCGUGUGCAGACCAAAGACAGGGAGAUUGCUCGGAAGGAUGAGGAAAGUGAGAGAGAGAAGCAAGCGCUCAGACAAGAGCUGAAAAGAAAGGAAGUUGACUUGGCUGAAACUCGGCAACAGUUGAUACAAAAGGUUGUGUAUUGAAAAUAAAACUUGUGUUGAGCAUUUAGCAUGUUUUUAUAAAGUCAUGAUGCGUAAGGUAGUACAGUAUGGGAGAAUAUAUUUUAGUAUGCGGGUAUUGUAGGACCAGGAAACUGAGACGGAGAAGCAGACACUCAGACAAGAGCUGACAAGAAAGGAAGUUGACUUGGCUGAAACUCGGCAGCAGUUGAUACAAAAGGAGACAGAGAUGACGAGAAAUAAAGCAGAGCUGACGAGAAAGGAGGCAGAGGUGACGAGGGCAGAGGAGACUAUCAGGAGAGAGCAGCAGCAGAUUCAGGAGAUGAGACAGAGAGAGACUGAGUUAGUGCAGGCCAAGGACAGGGAGAUAGCUCUGCUUCAGCAGCAACUGGGGGGAAAGUCAGCGUCCUACACAUGUCAGGUCAGUGGACCUGGUCUAACAUCAGCCACAGUCAACCAACCAACACACGUCCUAGUCCAACUAACUGACUCUAGUGGUAGACCACACUCACUUCCACUGAAUGUCACCGCACAACUUGCUCUCGUUUCAAAAGCCACAAGAACUAAAACAAGGUGGCCCAAUGAAUCGCGUGUAUCGGUUGCCACGACAUCUCCCUCCCAAUACGAGGUGUCAUACACACCAGUCAGUCGAGGCCAAAACAAACUCCAUGUUCAAAUCAAUGACAGAGAAAUCAAUGGCAGCGCCUUCACUGUGACCGUGUACCCUGACCCCAGACAACUAGGCCACCCUGUGACUGUGACUGGAUUGGACUGUCCAUAUGGCAUUGCCUUCAAGAGUCACCAGGAGAUGAUUGUCAGUGAAUGUGGGGGUCAUAGAUUGUCUAUCUUUGACAUCAGAGAACAGAAAAUCCGAACAUUUGGAUCAUGUGGUGACAGUCCAAAUCAGAUGAUACGACCUGCAGGCAUAGCAACUGAUGAUACGGACAAUAUUUAUGUGAGCAGUAACCACAAGCUGCAGAAGUUCACUAGUAGGGGUGAACUGAUCAAAUGUAUUGGUCAGGAGGGCAGUAAGGAGGGGGAGGGAGAGG